CCCUGCAUCGAUCAGCUGCGGUACAGUUACGGCUGCGAGAAACCUUCGAGAACAAACGGGUCCAUCUGCAUCCGCCAACAUGACUCUGCAGGCAGAUUUUGAGAAAGCAGCCGAAGAUGUGAAGAAGGUGAAGACGAGGCCGACGAACGAGGAGCUGCUGGAGCUGUACGGCCUUUACAAGCAGGCGAUCGUCGGGGACAUCAACACUGAUCGACCGGGAGUUCUGGACCCCAAAGGAAAAGCCAAGUGGGAUGCCUGGGAGACCAGGAAAGGAAUGUCCAACGAUGACGCCAUGUCGGCCUACGUUACGCUCGCUACGGAUGUUAUCAGCAAAUAUGGGAUGUAAGAGUUGCAAUAAGCUGAGGAUGCAGAAUUAAUGCAAUAAAAAUGACUCCAGACAACUAAUUCAGUUACUAACAUAAAGCUGCUGCUUUUAUAACAGGCAGCCUUCUGCUUCCAGAGGCCGUACUUAUGCAGAAUAAUGUGAAUCUUCUUUCCUUGAUGUGAUAUUUUUACCUAGUCUGAUGAAUUGACGCUCUUGAGCCACUUCUAUGCAUUCUUUAAGUUUGAAAAUAUGAACUUUUAACAGCUAAUUUAAUAUAAACUGCACUUUGAUUUGUAGCUUGAAUCAAAGCAAGACAAACUAAAUGAAGUCAAAUGUGAUGCUUUUGAAAAAUUAAACUUCUUUCUGCACUG